CUUACUGCCGACCCAUUCUCCGGCCGGUCGAGGUGUUUCGGAAUUGCGCAGAGCAUCCAUCAGGACGUCGACUUGAUUUCAUACGUCUCUCUUCUGCUCUAAUGACCCGAAUCGCAACUCCACAUUAUCCUUAUCCAUGGAAUCUUUUGGCAGGUUUUUUUUUGUUACGGAAGGCUUGCACCGGGUUCUGGUUCUCUGAAUUCCGUUUGCUUAACCGUCAUACGAUAUCGGUUCAGAGAUUGGGAGAGUUUACAACCGAAACAGAAGAAGUUUGUCUUUUGAACUGCGCUACUUUUUUUUGCGUACGUUGGAUUCCACGGAGCGACUCCUUGCGAGUUACUCAUGGAAACUAUCUUCGCCUUGGGCAGACAGGGAGGACGAAUGGACUACAGGCUGGCGCGACCUCUUCGCUGCCAUGAAAUCUCCUAUGUGCCAAAGAUUGCGUGAC